GACUCUGAAUUCCAGAGCACCGGGCGGCCACGGGGACGGUGUUUCUCAGUGGGCUUCCUGGCGCGCGCUGCUCCACCGCCGCCUUCCGGCUGAAAUUACCGGUGCAGCUACCGCCGCCGGGCCCAUUUUAACCGCAGCCAUGGGGAUUUUGGAGAAGAUCUCGGAGAUCGAGAAGGAAAUCGCUCGGACGCAGAAGAACAAGGCCACCGAGUAUCACCUGGGCCUACUGAAAGCAAAGCUGGCCAAGUAUCGGGCUCAGCUCCUGGAACCGUCCAAAUCGGCCUCGUCCAAAGGAGAGGGCUUCGACGUGAUGAAGUCAGGCGAUGCCCGCGUGGCACUAAUUGGAUUUCCCUCUGUGGGUAAGUCCACCUUCUUGAGCUUAAUGACCUCCACAGCCAGUGAAGCUGCAUCCUAUGAAUUUACCACCCUGACGUGUAUCCCUGGAGUCAUUGAAUACAAAGGAGCCAAUAUCCAGUUGCUGGACCUCCCUGGAAUCAUCGAAGGAGCAGCACAAGGGAAAGGCCGCGGUCGGCAGGUGAUUGCUGUGGCACGCACUGCCGAUGUUGUCAUCAUGAUGCUAGAUGCCACCAAGGGAGAGGUGCAGAGGUUGCUGCUAGAGAAGGAACUGGAGUCGGUGGGCAUCCGCCUCAACAAGCACAAGCCCAACAUCUACUUCAAGCCCAAGAAAGGCGGUGGCAUCUCCUUCAACUCGACAGUCACCCUGACCCAGUGCUCAGAGAAGCUGGUGCAGCUCAUCCUGCAUGAAUACAAGAUCUUCAAUGCGGAAGUGCUCUUUCGAGAAGACUGCUCCCCAGAUGAGUUCAUCGAUGUCAUUGUGGGCAACCGUGUAUACAUGCCCUGCUUGUAUGUGUAUAACAAAAUUGACCAGAUUUCGAUGGAGGAAGUGGACCGCCUGGCCCGGAAGCCCAACAGUGUGGUCAUCAGCUGCGGGAUGAAGCUGAACCUGGACUACUUGCUGGAGAUGCUUUGGGAGUACUUGGCCCUGACCUGCAUCUACACCAAGAAGAGAGGACAGAGACCAGACUUCACAGACGCCAUCAUCCUCCGGAAAGGGGCUUCCGUGGAGCACGUGUGCCAUCGGAUCCACCGGUCGCUGGCCAGCCAGUUCAAAUACGCCCUGGUGUGGGGUACCAGCACCAAGUACAGCCCACAGCGGGUGGGACUGACCCACACCAUGGAGCACGAGGACGUCAUCCAGAUCGUCAAGAAGUAGGGGCGCUGGCAUCUUCCCACAUCUCCCUAGGGAGUCAAACCACAGGGACACACCGGAGCCCAAACAGGAAAUACAAAUACACACACACCAGGAAGGGGUCCCUUGAGUCUCUGCUGUUUCCAGAAGUUUCUUCAGUAGGCAACUGAUGAUGUUGGGGCAGAGAGAAGACAGUGGGGGGCCUUGGAUUUAGCUGGGGCUUUCCCUGAGACUGACCCUUGGAUGUGGUUCUGAGUUGGAGCCCUGGGCCUGCCCCUUAGGGCACUGAGGGAGCAAGUUGCCCACCUGCCAUAAGUCAGGGCCUAAUGCAGAUGCUCAGGACAGGGAGCUGGGCGUUCUGGGUCCCUGGAGUUGGGCUACUGUCAGGGCACCUCGUUCCUCAGUUCCUGCCAGCUUCUCUGGCAUUAGGGUAUGGGGUUCCCUAGGACCAGACCCCCUUGUAUCCCCCACCUCCACAGGGCUGUCCCAUGGUAGAAACCAGGGUAGGUCAGUGGCUUUGAAGGUCGAGUUCAUACCCUCCCAGGCUGAGAGGUGUCCUGAAAUGCCUCCCCUCUGAGCUCCCCCAGGGCAACCCCCACCCAGCACAAAGUCCGUGGACCUGGCCCUGCACACUGGGGCUGGGUUGUCGAGGUUCUGUGUUUGCAUCUAAGCCCCCGAUUUCUUAGCUUCUUCCUGAAAUAAAGAAUGAUUCUGUUUAUACUGAGGAAAAAGCUGGUACUUUUGCAGAUUUGGUGAUCUUUGUUGCCGAGU